AUGUGUCGAUCGGCAGUUUUUCUGAUAUUUCUAGCAAUUGAAUCAAUUCACGGACAGGGAAACGACUGGCUUUGUGAAUCUCUGAUUUGUGAUCCUCCGAAAAAGUGUAUUAUUCACGAGCAGGUACCUCAAUGCCUCGUCGAGAGCACACCUACUCCACCUUUAUUCGGAACAAUAAAUGGUGGACAACCACUAUUUCCAAACCCCUCACAAACACAAACUUCAUCAAAUAUACCAUCACCUUUAGCUCCUACACCUACUGUCCCGCCAAGCACACAAUCUCCACAAACCACUACCCCUCCGUCACCAUUUGCCCCAUUUUUGAAUCUAUUCGGAGGAGGAACACCGGGAGCACCAACACCAACAUUAAUUCCUCCAUUCAUGCUUCCAACUCUACCAACAACUGCUCCACCAACUACACCAAGUCCAGUUGAUGUAUGUUCUCUACCACCAGUUACCGGAUCAUGUAGUCGUGCAAGAAUUAUGUGGUAUUACGACAAUGAAUCUAGAAGAUGUGAACGAUUUAGUUGGAGUGGGUGCGGAAAUCAGAAUCGAUUUGCGAGCAAGAUGCAGUGUGAACAAACUUGCUCACAAAAUUCACUUUUUAAAAGAAACUUUUGAAGUAUUGUUAGAGAUAAGCUUUUUGUUUAUUAUUUUAUGUUUCUGUACAUAUUUUUUUACUUUUUAAUUUCAAUAAAUCAAACUCACUU